GGUGUGUCACACAUACGUGCCAUUCCCAGCUUUUAAAAAAAAGGUUUGUGAAGGUGAGAGGUGGGUUAAUCACUCUACUUUACAUAUCAAUCAACACUGCACAGUCCUAUGAGAGGCUUUCAGGUUGACCUCGAUGAACAAUGGACCAAUCGCAAUCUACUUUGCUGUUGACAGAUACCCAAGUAACAGACCCCAUAUUUUCAAGUCUUUACCUUGGUUCUGCGUGCAGUUGUCUGACCGACCUGAGGCAAGUCAGCGCUUGAAGCAUGUCGUCCAAACAAGAUGAGCAUUUUCGUAUCCUCCUCCUGGGAAAGUCUGGUUGCGGGAAAAGUUCUACAGGAAACACGAUCCUUGGCGAAGACAGAUUUAAGACAGGGUCAGGUGUGGCAGCAGUGACUAAGGAUGCAGAAAGAUAUGUGGUGACUCACAAGAGGCGGACUAUUGAGAUAAUGGAUACCCCGGGACUUUUUAACCCUGAACGAACAAAUGAAGAAAUCGGAAUGAAGAUAGUUAAAGCUGUCGUCGGCUUAGAUCUGGGUCCUGACGUCUUUCUCUACGUCCUCAGGUUUGGCCGUUACACAAAAGAGGAGUUCCAGACAUACCAGCUACUCCUCAAGAUCUUCGAAAGCCAGAUGGCCAAACACAUGAUCCUUCUAUUUACUUAUGGCGAUAAAUUUAAAAGAGAGAAGAAGACUCCAGAAGAUUUGGUAAAGUACAUUGGAGACGAUUUCAGUGUACUCCUCAAUGACUGUAACAGAAGAUAUAUUGUGUUCGAUAAUACUGCCUCCAAGAAAGAGAAGAGCAAGCAGAGAGAUGAUCUGCUGGCGAUGAUCAAACAGAUGAUGGAUAAGAAUGGGGGUCAAAAAUAUACAUGCGAUGUACUAAACAAGAUCAACAGCAAGAUAGAGGAGACUGUGAAGCAGAGGAUUGCUGAAGUUGACAAAGAGUCUGUUGAGAAGACCGAGUUCUUUCAAGAAUACCAGAAAAGAAUCAAGAAGGAUCAGGAAGAAUACGAAAAACGAAGGUUAGAAGAAGAGAACAGCGCUCAAGAAAGGAUACAGAAAGAACUAGAGGCUAAACUGAAAAUGUUUGAAAAGGAGAAUCAAAAGAAGGAAGAAGAGCUUCGAGAGAUGAAGAAAAAAGAGAAGCAACAGAUGGAGAAACGGAUGAAAGAUAUGGGCAUUUGACAGGCUGAAGAAAUAGAGAAGUACCGAAAGGAGUUUGAGGAAAAGAUGAAGGAAAGCAAGAGAGAGAUGAUAGAAAAUGCUCAGCGAGAAAAGGCGGAGCUAGAAAUGCAAUUACGACAGAAACUAGAGAGAGAGAGAACAAGGCAAAUCAAGAACAGUUAAAGAAGGAGAUGGAAGGAAAGAUGCAAGAAAUUGCCACAGAAGUGAUGAAGGAAAGAGUGAAUAAUGAUCAGGAGAAAAACUGGGUGGCUGAUGCUGCGAGUGGACUUUUCAAACUCGCUGCAGGAUGGCUUUUUGGC